AUGGCCAACUCUCUUCCACGAACCCUCCCAGCGUCCUGGUACUGCAGUAAACCGCUCUACUCCCUCGAGCAACGUGCCGUCUUUCUCAAGUCCUGGUAUCUCCUGGGCCCUGUAACCAAGUUCAAAGAGAACGAGCCUGUGGUCUACGAAUAUGCCGGUGUAACUCUCACAGCAACUCGAGCAACGCCAGACGACUCUUCCAUCGCGGUUGUUGAUGACAAGGGCAACCGCCCCAAGACUCACCUCACACCUACCGGCCUGCUAUUCAGUACAAUCUCAGAAGCAGCGCCUUCGUUCCAUGACUUCUUCCCAGGCCUGGAAGACGUCCUAUCAACAGUCGACUUCCGUGUCCGGCCAUACCGCCGUUCGAUCUCAUAUCAUGGCGACUUCAACUGGAAGACCAUGGUCGAUGGAUACCAAGAGUGCCUCCACUGCGCAUACACGCACCCUUCAUUCAGCGUGUUGUACCCACCAACCUCCUACGCCGUGAUCAAUCACCACAACUGGUGCCGCCACAUUGCCGAUCCGGAGAAGCCAGACGAUGGAGUUUUCCUGUAUCUUUUCCCUAUCGGCACUUUGAACGUCUACGGCGGAGGUAUUUCUCAGUUCAGAGUGUGUCCGACCGAGGAGCCGGGAGGCACGAGGAUGGAAUUCGACUAUUACAACGUGGAGGAAGGGGAGAAAUUCGAGGAGUACUACAAGUUCGUCAGGCAGGUCGCCAUUGAGGACUACGGAUUGUGCGAGAAGGCGCAGAGCAAUCUCGAGAGAGGAAUCUACGCAGAAGGGAUCUUGAACCCCGUGAAGGAGACAGGCGUUGCCUACUACCAACAACGCGUCCUCGAAAUGGUCCUCUCCCAACACCACGAAGACAAGCAGAACAAGAAGAACCUCCAACACCGCCCAGCUGACGGAGCGUCGACCGAUGCGACUGCAAGCUCCCAAUCCGAGCUGGAUAGCAGCUCCUAUUCAGGUAAUUUUAACUUCACGACACGCGCGGGUGCAGGGAUUGCGGUCUCAACGUAG